AUGUCAGCCAAGGGAUUACUACAAGGACUGAUAUGGCGAAUAGGUGAGGGACGGAGUAUUAAAAUUUGGCAAGACAGGUGGCUCCCAACACCUACUUCUUAUACAGUGCAAUCCCAUCACAGGGUUAUUCCUGACUCUUGUAUAGUUUCAAUGCUUAUUGAUCAUGAGGUGUGUGGGUGGAAUUCUGGUCUCAUCACAGAGAUUUUCAACCCAGAAGAGGCCAAGGUUAUCGUCACUCUUCCCUUGUGCCCUACUCUACCACCGGAUAGACUUGUUUGGAGAGGAACCACAAAUGGCAUUUUUUCUGUGAGGAGUGCCUAUCAUAUGGGGAUGGAAGUGAAGGUGCGGGAUAAUGGAAGCACUUCUAAAGAAGUUGGGGGUCAUAAGGUCUGGUCUACCAUUUGGAGGUUGGGGGUGCCGAAUAAUGUCAAAAAAUUUAUGUGGCGAGCGUGUAAUGACCUCCUGCCCACAAAACAAAAUCUACACAGAAGGAAAAUUGUGGAAAAUGAAUCAUGCCCGUGUUGUUGUAGAGAUGCUGAUAUUCAUGCCCUUUGGAACUGCCCGGCAGCUCAAGAUGUGUGGGGAGGGGGGACUUUGAUUUUCCAAAAAACUGUUUUUGUGGGAGAGACUUUCAUGCAGCUGGUGGAGUUUUGUAUGGGCAGGUUUAGUAUCAGAGAUAUGGAGCUAAUGGCUGUGCUUUCUCGUAGAAUUUGGCUGAGGAGGAAUAAGUUCAUUUUUGAAUCCAUUUUUACCCCUCCUCAGGUGAUUUUUUCUGAAGCCGUGGCUCUUAUUGAUGAGUAUCGUAGGUACAAUAAAAGAGAAGAUGAGCCGAUCACUAGUGAUGGGGUGAGGCAUUCUGCUAGUGCAAUGACAUUAAUCGGCAUUGGUAUUGUGGCUAGAGACAACACUGGCAAUGUCUUGGGUGCACGGGCUGUUUCAAAACAUGUUGUGGCGGCAGCCAAAGUGGCGGAAUCUUUGGCAACCUUAGAAGCUGUUUUGUUCUGUAAAGCAGCAAGUUUUAUGGAGGUAAUCUUGAAGGGGGAUGCAAAACAAGUAGUUGAGGAUGUAAAUUCCGCUUCUCUAAAUCUAAAUGCUGCAGGCCAUUUUGUUGAUGGAAUUAAGAAGGAGAUUCUUGGUCUUAGACAUGCUUCCGUGGUCCAUGUGGGUAGAGAGGCCAAUAAUGUUGCCCAUUGUUUAGUUAAGGAGGCCUCUACUCAUGUGAUUGAUAAUGUAUGGCUUGAAGAAAUUCCUAGUUUUAUUUUGCAUAUUGUACUUAGGGAGUUUUCCUCUCCCUAG